GGUCAGGAGCGCUCAGGAAAUUGCGGGAAAGAUUUGCCCCCCCUCCAAAGAAGAGCAGCGGAGCAGACAUUCUGGAAGGUCCCCUUUCAUUCUCUUCCUAUUAGAUCCACUCUAGGAAGCACAUAUCUAUCAUUCUGGCUCCUUCUUGAGGUACGCGAGCCAAGGAGCGCUCUGGAAAUUGACGGGAAGGAUUUGCCGUUGCUCUCCUCAGGCGGGUAAAGGCCGAGUGAGCAGAGACCCAUUUCUGCCCUCCUGCAAACCGGAGAAGGGGUUGCGGAGGGGCUGGGGAAAUUUGGGACUCUCUCGGGCUUCUUUUGGCUGCCCUCGAGCAGGAGACCCGACGGAAGCCCAGGGAUCUCCAGGGAUGGAGACCGCCCUCAGCCCAGAGAUCCACCGCCGGCGCUUCCUCGAUCUCGACGGCUGCCGCCAGGAGGCCGAGGGGCCCCGGGAGCUUUGCAGCCGCCUGCACCGCUUGUGCCGCCAGUGGCUGCGGCCGGAGAGGAGCAGCAAAGGGGAGAUGCUGGACCUGGUGGUGCUGGAGCAGCUGCUGGCCCUGCUGCCCGCGGAGAUGGCGAGCUGGGUGAGGGAGUGCGGAGCCGAGAGCUGUUCGCAGGCGGUGGCCCUGGCCGAAGGCUUCCUCCUCAGCCAAGCCCAGCGGGAAGAGCCGGGAAAGGGGCAGGAGCCGUUCACAGAGGAGAUUUCAGCAGAGCUCCGGGGCAGAGGAGAUCGAUCCAGCUCUAUUCAGGAGCUGUUUUUCAGGAGGACCCAAGUCUGGCCACCUUGCCAGAUCUCUGAUUUCUUUAUGGGGGUAAAUGUGGACUUCACGGAUGAGGAAUGGAAGCUGCUAGAUUCUGGCCAGAAGGCCUUGUGCAGAGAAGUCAUGCAGGAGGUUUCAAGGAAUAUGGCUGCUCUGGAUGAUGUUCCUGUGAAUGAGAAUGGCAAACAGGCAACGUUAAACCUACUUCAAAUAGAGAAGAAUGAAUUAAAAGUACUAACCCUUGGGCAUCAGAGAGACACCAAAAGGCUAAAGAGAAAACAGCCAGAAGAUGGAGAGGAGAAGUCAUCCACUUCUCUUGGUAUUUGUGACUUUCUAUCCAAGCAAGAUCAGAAAGAAAUGAGAAAAGGAAAAUGUAGAAAAAAAGAAAACAUGAAUUUGAAAUACAUAACUAUGGCGGAAACCAGACCAAAGAAAAACUGCAUGCCUGUAGAUACUACGGAGAACAACUCCUUCGCUUCUGCUUCACCAGAGAAACUGUACUGGAAAUGCAAACCUCAUACCUCUAUAAAAUCUUUGGUGGAUUCCAGUCUGAGCAGAAAGAGGAGCCUCUGUAUGCAGUGUGGAAAGAGUUUCAGCAGGAAAAGUAAUCUUAAUGUCCACCAAAAAAUCCACACCGGGGAGAGACCCUAUAAAUGUAUGGAAUGUGGAAAGACCUUUACCUGGAAAGAAAGUCUUAAACUACAUGAAAGGAUCCACACUGGGGAUAGGCCAUAUAAAUGCACCCAAUGUAGAAAGCGUUUCAUUAAUAACAGUAAUCUUAUUUGCCAUCAAAGGAUCCACACGGGGGAGCGACCGUAUAAAUGCAUGGAAUGUGGAAAGGCCUAUACCCAGAAAGAAAAACUUAAUGAUCAUGAAAGGAUCCAUACUGGGGAGAGACCAUAUAAAUGCAUGGAAUGUGCAAAAACAUUUACCCGUAAAAAAACACUUAAUCGUCACGAAAGGAUCCACACUGGGGAGAGACCAUAUAAAUGCAUAGAAUGUGGAAUUACCUUUAUAUGGAAAGAACAUCUUAAUCUCCACCAAAAGAACCACACAGGGGAGAGACCUUAUAAAUGCAUGGAAUGUGGAAAGACCUUUAUCCAGAAAGGACAUCUUAAUCUUCAUCAAAGGAUCCAUACUGGGGAGAGACCGUAUAAAUGCACGAAAUGUGGAAUGACCUUUACCAAGAACGGAAAUCUUAAUCGUCACGAAAGGAUGCACUCUGGGGAGAGACCAUAUAAAUGCACGGAAUGUGGAAAGAGCUUUACCCGAAAAGGACAUCUUAAUCUUCAUAAAAGGAUGCACACCGGAGAGAGACCAUAUAAAUGCACGGAAUGUGAUAAGACCUUUACCCGAAAAGGAAAUCUUUUUCUUCAUCAAAGGAUCCAUACUGGGGAGACACCCUAUAAAUGCCUGGAAUAUGGAAAGACCUUUACCCAGAAAGAAAAUCUUAAUGAUCACGAAAGGAUCCAUGCUGGGGAGGGACCAUAUAAAUGCAUGGAAUGUGGAAAGACCUUUAUCGAGAAUGGACAUUUUAGUGUUCAUCAAAGGAUCCAUACUGGGGAGAGACCGUAUAAAUGCACAGAAUGUGGAAAGAGUUUCAUUAGCAACAGUCAUCUUAUUCGCCACCAAAGGAUCCACACUGGGGAGAGACCACAUAAAUGCAUGAAAUGUGGGAAGACCUUUACCCAGAAAGGACAUCUUAAUCGUCACAAAAGGAUCCACACUGGGGAGGGACCAUAUAAAUGCAUGGAAUGUGGAAAGACCUUUAUCCAGAAAGGACAUUUUAGUUUUCAUCAAAGGAUCCAUACUGGGGAGAGACCGUAUAAAUGCACAGAAUGUGGAAAGAGUUUCAUUAGCAACAGUCAUCUUAUUCGCCACCAAAAGAUUCACAGCAGGGAGAGACCAUAUGAAUGCAUGAAAUGUGGAAUGACCUUUACAUGGAAAGAUAGUCUUAAUGUUCAUGAAAGGAUCCAUACUGGGGACAGACCGUAUAAAUGCACAGAAUGUGGAAAAAGUUAUAUUAGCAAGAGUCAUCUUAAUUGCCACCUAAGGACUCACAGUGGGAAGCAACCAUACAAGUGCAUAGACUGGCCAUCAAAGUAUCCACACGGAAACCAGCCCACAAAUGUAUAGAAUGUAGUGAAAAAAACACCUUUAAUGACUACAGGUAGUCCUUGAUUUACAACCACAAUUGAGCCCAAAAAUUCUCUUGUUAAUUGAGACACUUAUUAAGUAAGUUUUCCUCCAUUUUAUGAUCUUUCCUGCCUAUGUUGUUAAGUGAAUAACUGCAGUUGAUAAGUUAGUAAUCUGGUUGUUAAGUGAAUCUGGCUUCCCCAUUGACUUUCCUUGUCAGAACAUCACAAAAGG